AUGGACCAGGGGGAGGCAGACAUACUCGGGCCGCGACUCAAGCACUUGUCGGGGCAAUUGUCUUUCUCCGAGAUUGAGUGGCUGGAAGAUCACCACGGCAACUUGGAAGCGUUCAUGCAGAUAGAGGGCCUGGACCCGGCGUAUCAGUCGGACGUGACAGACGCCAUCUCUCGAAUCGGCAAAAAGCGGCGCCGGCUCGACGACUCCGACGACUCCGACGACUCCGACGACUCCGACGACUCCAGCGACCUUGACUGGGACAAUGGCGCGCCGCAGAAGCUCCUGUGCAACUCCUACUUUGAGCGCGACGAGCUCAGAUGGGUCAAGGCGCGCCACGGCGACACCGUGUCCUUUAUCCUCACCAUGGGGCUCAAGUUCAACGACCCGGCCGAUGGCGAGAAGGCCUUGUAUCCUGAAAGCCGGAAGCUGUGUCUCCGCCCCAUUGAGAUUGGUGCGCAAUCGAACCGGCGGCUCGCCUUUUAA